GCACCAGGUUACGAACCGUCGCACCACCCGCUGACCGCGGGCGCCACCCAGACAUCGCCUCUGGUGCCGCUGAGCAGACUGACCUCGCGCCUGCGGCGCAGCGUCGAGGGCCUCAACUUGGAGCUGGAGGAGGUGUUUGUGUCAGAAAAACGGGACGAAGAGCAUGAGCUUUUGGACAUCCCGGACGGUCACAGGGCUCCCGCUCCGGUCCAGCGGUGCAGCAGUGGUUCCCAGAGCGAGUCGUCGCCAGGGCCCUUGGAUCUUUCCCUGCUGUCUCCUUCUCAGUCACCGUGUCCCUUGGACCCUGCCUUGCUGUCUCCGUCCACCUCGCCCUGUCCUUUGAACCCUUCGCUCUUCUCCCCUACCCAGUCACCAGUGGAUCCUCCCGCGUUGCCACUGUGGUCGUUGCCUCCCUCCUCGCCACCGCUGCGGCUGCCAUGUCCCGACCAAAGCUUUUCCUUUCAGCGACAGCCACCAGAAGGCUGUGAGCCGCUUCAAUUGUGCCAGGACACAAUGUCCGCCUGUCCGGACGAAGGUGUCCACCUCCAGCCGUCCUGCCCCGACCUCAACAAGGUGAACUUCACACCACACGGAGGCUCUGCUUUUUGCCGCGUCAGCGUCCUCAAGCCCCUCCUGCCCUCCAUGGACCUGCUCUUCCGUGGCCUGUCCGUCUCGCCCGUCACUAGUUGCCCGGGCCAGGCGUCUCCCACCAGGCAGCUCGGCAUGCAGUGAGGGUGAUGACCACCUCGCUGGACUAAAUUGCUCUGGGUUUACUCCGGGCUUUACUGCCUCGUCACAGUAGCCUUGAUCACACGGACUUGUGGAUGAAUACCAACUUGUUUUGUGACUUUGUUACUGUAAUAUGAUCAAGCUCAUUGUUUUUGACAAGGUACUUUUCUACCAAUUCCUUAUCAAGAAAAUUUAAAGUAUAUUUUUGUAGCUUUCGUGGUGACGUUAUUUGUAUCAGGCAGGAGAAAUCAACUCCUUUCUAGGUUUAUAGUGCGUUCAACGUUAUAAACAGGAAACUUUAAUUUCCUACUGAGGGUUUCUUUCUAAUCAAAACAUUGCAAAUGCAAGAUUGUUAAACUGAAUUGAUAUUUAUGUGUAAUUUGUUUCCCAUUCAACCUACGACACCCAUAAUUCAAUAUUGUGACAAGAAAACGUUCCAUUUUAUUCUCAGUGAUGUGGAAGAGCUUGAUUUUUUUUGCCCGAGUUAAUGUUAUCGUACAGUGUGCUCAUAAAUGUACUUACCCUGGCAGAAUUAAUAAACAAAAAAAUAAAACAU